GAUCCUUUCUGGUCGGUAGCUCUGGUGUAUACAGAAAUGGGCAGCAUGAAGAAAAUUUGUUGUGUGUUGGCACAGAUCUUCUCACUGUCUUAUUUUCAGUAUAAGAUAGCAGCAGUUCCAAUUCCAAGCGGUUACAUUUUAGAUGUAACUCACGAGUGUGGUGUAUCAGAGACAGAUAAUCCAGUAAUAACAAUCAUAUCAGAUCUUUAUAUUGAGGCGAAGGCUAAGUGCGCUAAUGGGGACUUUAAGUUCACUAAAAUAUCAGAAGCAAAGUACGUUUUGACUGGUACUAACUUCGUUACAGGAGAUGGAUGUGUGUUUUUCAAUAGACAUGGUGACCAUCAAGUGGAAGUGUCUGUUGGUUGGAGUGGACCAGGAGUGGAUAUUGUGACGGAUGAAAAGAAAUAUACCAUAUCUUGCACAUUUGCUAAUCAUGGUGGUAUCGACAUGGAAGAUUCUCAGACUGAAGACGGAAUGGUCCGACCGAAGGAGUUGCUGAUAAACGUAGGUACUGAAGUACCAUCAACCUACAUCUCUCUUGAACUAAGGGAUGUUAAAGAUAAACCAAUAACUGGUUCAAUUCCAAUGGAUAAACAUGUCACUUUAGUAGCAACAACUAGUGGCAUCUAUCAAAACUACCAGAUUAGACCUGUAUGUUGUUUUGCUAUUGGUGCUACGAAUAAUGUACACUAUGGUAUCUUGAGAUCUGGCUGUGGUGAUGGAGUGAUAUUUAAGAAAGAUGAAGGAUUUAUUACUGAUGCCACAUCAGCGAGAAGUCCAUACUUCACUUCUUUCUAUGUAGAAAAGGAUGAAUCUGUUACCUACCAAUGUUCGUUUAUUAUCUGUGAAGAAUGUAGUGGAAGUUCGUGUGCAAAGGGAGAUCAUAGUGUGAUCACAUUACGCUGAAGAACUAUUUUCCAUUACAUGUAAUAAACAAGUUGUUAAAUU